AUACUUCUCUGCACGUGUAUCCACGUGGGUAAAGUACUAAACACUUAAUAACUGGCCUAAUGACAAACACGCCCAUUUUAACUGUUUUUGUGAUACUUUUUCGAGUACUUUUUCCUCGACUUUUUCAUGAUGGAUGGGCUGCUAGGAGUUAUCAGGACUCUUAUCCUAUCACUUGCAUUAGGGAGUACUAUUGCUAAUAGAUCAGACCAGGAAAUCCCUUCAAUUGGAGGUGAGAGGGAGACCACGAGUGGGGGUGUCUCGCCAGAUGAUAGUGCUGGAUAUUGCUCCACUGAUGAUUGUCGAACAGUUUCACAAUGCUCAUGGUCACCAGCAGAGAAUCCUCACCAACUCCUAUACUCACUAACAGAGCUGAUAUCCUCCCCCUCCUCGCUACAUUAUGUUGUGACGUUACCGAGUCCAAGAGGUGCUCACAUUACAUUGAGUCUAUGCAGUGGUAGAUUGGUUAAGUGUGGUAAUGAGCACAUUCAGGGUAGUUGUAUUACUGUGCCUGGAAUCAAGCCUACUGUAGCAGGUAAAACUAUCAGUGUACAGUCACUAGAGGUUGGUAUGGCUAGCAGUGGCUUCCAAUUAAUCCUUGACAAUGGAGCAACUUGUGAAGUGACUAACAAGCCUCGUCGAACAGUUUUAAUGUUUCCGUGUGAUCCAAAUAAGGAGGUCUCACCAUCUGAUUUUGCUCCACUCAAAGCAUAUGAAGGAGAUAAGAAGUUGAUUUGUAAUUAUUUUGUUGAUUUUCCUCCAAGUCAAUAUGGCUGUCCUGUAUUCCUGAAGGAUAGCAAUAUCAUCAUUGAAGCUGUAUCAGGCUGUAUAAACUCUUCUCCCACAAAAACCACCUCCAAUUGUCAUUACAAUGGUGGACAGACCCUCUCCUUAAUUGGACUUGGAUUUCACACUCUCUGCCCACAAUACAGCACAAUAUCAGCUCAACAAUCGGCUACCAUUAACACAGAUAGACUUCAAUUGACACCCCAAACUCUCUCAGACUGUACUCAUCACUUAAAAUCUACUUAUAAUAUUCUUAUUGGUGAUACCACUCAUUGCACUGACCCUAUACUAGUGUCUCCUUAUGUUAUUAAUUGUAGCCUGGCUGGAGGGAGAGGAGAAGGACUUGAUGUCAAGUUGGCGGUGAAGGAUUGUCAAAGAAGCUCAUCUCGUUAUUGUGGAGGUUCAUCUGGUAUUGUUGCUGUUUUGUCUGGGGGCGUGUCUUAUCGAGAAGCCGUUAAUUUUAAGGACAAGUUUAGUAGAUUUGUUGAGCUUGGUGUGGGUGGACUGAAGAAAGAGAUAGAGGAACUGUAUAGAAGAGCUUUUGCCUCAAGAGAUGUGUCACCUGAUUUAUUGGCUCAGUUAGGUAUUACACAUAUAAAGGGUAUCUUAUUAUAUGGUCCACCUGGUGCUGGUAAGACGCUACUAGCAAGAACAGUGGCUCAUUUAUUAGGAUCAAAACAGGUUCAGUUGAUCAAUGGUCCUGAAAUUGUGAGUAAAUUUUUAGGAGAGAGUGAAAGAAAUCUAAGAUAUUAUUUUCAAGAAGCUGCUGAUGCAUAUAAGACUCAUGGUGAUGCUAGUGAACUGUAUGUUAUAAUUAUUGAUGAGAUUGAGGCAAUCUGUAAACCAAGAGGUAAGAUUGAUCAGUCUUCUGCUGGAGCUGCUUACGACAGUGUAGUGAAUCAAUUAUUAACAUUACUGGAUGGACUGAGUCAAUCUAGUAAUGUUCUUGUUAUUGGUAUGACGAAUAGGAAGGAGCUGAUGGAUCCAGCACUACUAAGGCCUGGAAGAUUUGAAGUUCAAAUAGAAGUGGGUCUGCCUGAUGAAGAAGGAAGAGAGGAGAUAUUUAGUAUACACACUAGAGAAAUGAGGGAGAGUGGUAUACUAUCAACCGAUGUCAAUCUUAAAGAGCUAGCUGCUAAUACUACAAGAUUCAGUGGAGCUGAAAUAGCUGGUGUAGUGAGAGGAGCAGCUUCUUAUGCUCUAGAGAGAAAAUAUGCUGAUGCUAAGGAACCAAUGAUAGUGACUAGAAAGGAUUUUGUGGAUUCGUUAAUAUCAAUAUCACCAGCUUAUACACAAUCAGAGUCACGUAUUGUAUCACAAUAUCUUCCUACUAACUAUUUUUCAUUGACUACUGAUCAUGAGUCCAUCAUCACUUCAUUGUUGGAGCUUAGUUCAUCAAUACAGUCGCAAACUGCUGCUCCAUCAAAGAUGAUAACAUCUCUGAUAUAUGGCCCAAAAGGAACAGGGAAGACUACAUUAGCAGCCAGAGUUGCUGUAUUGGGCCACUUCACAUAUAUCAAGGUAGUAACAGCCUCCAACAUGAUUGGUUUGACUGAUUUUGGAAAGAUUGAGUACAUCCAUCAAGUUUUCAAAGAUGCAUUUAGUUCAAGUCAUUCUCUUAUUGUCCUUGAUGAUGUUCAUCGUUUGGUUGAGUAUGUGCAAGUUGGUGAUCGUGUCUCAGUCUCUCAUUCAUUGAUGCAUGCACUAUCAACUCUUCUCUCUUAUUCUAUGUCUAUGUCAUCAGGUUCUACAGUGAUGGUGAUUGGUACAAUGACUGUCUCACAAAGAGAAUCACUUGCACAACCAAUCAAUCUCAAUUUCCCUACUCUAUUCACGUGGCACCAUUACACUCCACUGAUGAAUUCAACUGAUAUUUAUUCUUUCCUUAAAAAGAGCAACAUUAACAGGUUAAAUGGUGGUCAGUUCUCUUUUCCUUCCCAUCUCUCAUUGUCCAUUACUCAGUUAAUGAAUGCAUUACAGUGUGCCUGCAUCAGUGAGGGAAUGCUAAUUGAGGAAGAGGUUGAUAAGAAGACCUCAUGUUAUCUUAACGCAUUCUUCUCUCAGACUACACUCUUGGACUGUUUGAAUAGCAGCAAUUCAAAGAAUGAAGCUCAGCCGCUUCCUUCAAUAAACUCAUUUCCAUUAUAGAUCUAAUCUUUAUAGAUUUUAUAUUUAUUUUUAAAUUUCAGUUAUCAUUAGAAACGAAUUUUUAUGCAAAUUAAAAA